AUGGGCUCUGUGCAACCGCCCACGAAGCCGUGCCACAACUGCCGCCGGCAGAGGCUCCGAUGUGAUCGGUCGUACCCACAUUGCAACAAGUGUGCCGCCUCGGGCAAGGAGUGUCUCGGCUAUGGGAAGCUGUUUCGUUGGACGGGCGCCAUCGCCAGCCGCGGCAAGCUGGCCGGCCGCACGUCGAGCGCGCCUGUAGCGGCUGAGACCGACAACGGGAAUGAUGCAAGUAGAGAUGCUGAUGAGAUAGACGCCGAGAUGCUCGCUGAGAUGGGUGCUGAGGCCGGGACAGAGGCUCCGUCGCCUGUGCUGGCGGUGGCCAAGGUGCGCUCCAGGAGGAGCUCGUCCAUGUCGGCUAGAGUAUCUAUUAUACCAUGGAAUGGCCAUUACGGAAGAAGAAUGUCGGCCGAUGCAGAAAUACCACUGCCCACUCCGUUGCCCAGGUCUCCCCAUAUCAAACCAAGCAGUCCUUGGGUGCUGGCCGAUCCUCUGUUCCAGGAUCUGAACCAAUCUGACCGGUUCUAUCUCAACUACUUUACAACCCGCCUGUGCAAAGACCUAGUGUCCACCGACGGGCCAGAGUGCAAUCCUUUCCGCAGCCUCAUACCACUAACUCGUGCUCAUCCACUGCUGCAGCACAUUAUCGUUGCGGCCUCGGCGGCUCACAUGUCUAACUUGAUAACCAUGGGUUUGCCAUAUGAUGACAGCGGCCUCGUAGCUGCGAAUCAGAGCGCGGCUUCGAAAAAGGCACUCGACGAUGCGCUGGUCGCCAAACACACAGCGCUGCGGCUAAUGUCUGCUGCCAUUCAGAACAUCGAUACAAUGGAUGGUGAUGUCUUGCUUGCAGCCUCGCUCUUCUUCAUCAACGUAGAGUUGAUUGAGUCUGGAAAGCAUGGUUGGAGAGCGCAUCUCGAAGGAGCAUCAAAAAUUAUGUCCUUCAUACAGCUCACCCAAGCGUGGGAUAGCUCAUUGCGGGACUAUCUCCUCUCAGACUGCUUUAUCUACUUUAUCCUUGCCUCGGCAUUUAUGCCAACAAGAUACGCAACGUCUUUGAGCUUUGAGUCUUCACAGAUUCCCUUUGUCCUUGGCAAGACGGUUGCGAAUAGCUACUUGUGCUGCCCACCAGAACUGAUGGAAAUCUUGCACACUGCCUCCCAACUAUCGAACAACGCAGUUGAUGAUCAGCCCAACGAGGAAAUCACCAUGGCUGCUACAGAGCUGGUCAAACGUGCUCAAGCCUACGACAUCUAUGGAUGGGCUCGCGACACAGCGAAAGUCUUGUCUUUGUCAAAUGAGUCGAUGCAAAGCCGCAUGCACGCAGGAUCGGCUCAUCGCUUGGCUGCUUGUAUAUACAUUUUGCAAGCCGUGCCGUCUGUCGGGGAGAGACUUGGCCCAGAAUUCGUGACCUUCUUAACCGAUGAUUUGCUGGCGCAUCUGAAUAUGAUUCCAGUAGAAGACCCCAACUUCAAGGCCACAACGUGGCCAACCUUCAUCAUUGGCGCUGAGACUAGGAACCCGGAACGACAGAAGCAUAUCAUGGAAAGACUACGGAUAAUGACGACAGUAUGUCCAUGGGGCUUCAUCCACACCGCCAUGGAGACGCUCCAAGUCAUCUGGAACCUAGCGGCAGAGGAAAGAGGGUCAAAGAGUUGGGUCCAGACGCUCAGAGACCCAGAAAUGAACUUUUUAAUCGUAUGA